GAAUCCAGAGAGCACAUUGUUGCCUUCAACAUGUUAAAUUACAGAGCAUGCAAAAAUCUGUGGAAAUCUUGUGUAGAACAUCACACCUUCUUUCAGGCAAAGAAGUCACUACCUCAUGAAAAAAAGAUAUUGUCACAUUAUUGGACCCUGGGUUCUAGAAAUCCAGCAAAGUCUGUAAACAGUCAGUACUGCAGAAAAGUUAUAGGUGGGAUGGUUUGGAACCCAUCUAUGAGACGAUCUUUAUCUGUUGAGCAUCUGGAGACCAAAAGCCUUCCUUCUCGAUCACCUCCUCUUACCCCUAAUUGGCGGAGUCCUAGACUACGUCAUGAAAUUCGUAAACCACGACACUCGUCUGUAGAUAACCUUACAAAUGAGAUUACUUAUAUUACCGAAACAGAGGAUGUUUUUUAUACAUAUAAGGGCUCUCCAACAUCAAAGGACAGUGAUUUGGAGUUCUCUCAGAACUGUAGUCACCAGAGGAGGUCGUCUGAACAAGAAUCACCAAAGAAUGUAUUGGGAAACAGUCCAGUGCGGAGUUCUCUGACCCGUACCUCACCUAAAGCCUUGGCUCAGUCUCCCAAUGGAGUUGGUAACAUUUCUGGCUGUUACCCAUUGGAAGGGGUGGAUAAACAGUUCUUAGAAACAUACGACAAUGUUACAAAAAGUAGCUCAACAGAAGAUUCCAGCCAGUACUACUGUGAUAAGAAUGACCUAAUUGAGGGAGAUUUGCUUUUGGUACGUAUCAUACCAGAUGAAGACGGGAAGUUUGGAUUUAAUCUAAAGGGUGGUGUAGAUCAAAAAAUGCCAUUAGUGGUAUCAAGAAUAACUCCAGGAUCACCUGCUGAUAAAUGCAUUCCAAAACUGAACGAAGGUGAUCAGAUAGUAUUAAUCAAUGGCCGAGAUAUCUCGGAGCACACUCAUGACCAGGUGGUCAUGUUCAUAAAAGCCAGCAGAGAAUCUCACACGAGAGAGCUUGCACUUUUGGUCAGGCGGAAAGUAGUUAAGCAGUUUGUGGAGCCUAAAUCAGAAGAUGAAGCUGAUUCCCACAAUCUCCCAGAAUCUCUUCUUCCUGUCUGUUCUGCAUAUGGUGGUGAUACACUGGAGGAAUCUAUGGAGCAGCUAAGGAAGGGGCUUGAAAGUGGGACCGUCCUUAUUCAGUUUGAGCAACUUUAUAGAAAGAAACCAGGGUUGGCUGUUACAUGUGCAAAGGUACCUCAGAAUAUGGACAAGAAUAGAUACAAAGACGUUCUACCUUAUGAUGCCACAAGGAUAAUAUUGCAAGGAGACGAAGAUUACAUUAAUGCAAAUUAUGUGAAUAUGGAAAUUCCUUCUGUGGGCAUUGUGAACAGGUACAUUGCUACUCAGGGGCCUCUUCCACACACAUGUGCACACUUCUGGCAAGUGGUCUGGGAUCACAAGUUGUCACUGAUCAUCAUGUUGACAACUCUCACUGAACGAGGACGAACCAAGUGUCAUCAGUAUUGGCCUGAUCCACCAGAUGUAAUGCAAUAUGGCAGCUUUCGUGUCAGAUGCCACUCUGAAGAUUGUACGAUUGCUUAUGUUGUUAGAGAAAUGGUGAUUACACAUCUUGAGACAGAACAACAACACACCGUCACCCAUCUCCAGUAUGUUGCUUGGCCUGAUCAUGGUGUUCCUGAUGACUCCAGGGACUUUUUGGAGUUUGUGACCUGUAUGAGACCAAAGAGAGUAGAGAAUGAGCCAGUCCUUGUUCACUGCAGUGCUGGAAUCGGUCGCACUGGUGUGUUAGUCACUAUGGAAACAGCCAUGUGCUUAAUUGAAAGAAACCAGCCUGUUUAUCCUCUGGAUAUUGUACGAAAAAUGCGAGACCAGCGAGCUAUGAUGGUGCAAACAUCA